AUGUUCAAGGCUGCCUCCGACGCCUUCAGCCAGAUUCUGAGAGAAGCUUUCCCCAAGGCCAUUAUUUCCGUCAACCCCGUCCCGCCUCGCAAGGGUGCCUUUGAGGUCACCCUCAACGUCGGCAGCGAGGAGGAUGACAUAGUGGUCUACUCUGGCCUCAACCAGAGAAUGGGAAAGUUCCCCAGCAGCGAAGCGACGUUUGCGGCAGUCGAUCAAGGGCUCAUGAAGGCUUACAGAUCAAAGGCAGACCAAUAA